CUAAAGAGGUAAGGAGCUUCUCCUGUGGGGACAACUUGGGAGGCGACACCAGAAGCAUUUCAGUGGCAUUAGAGAGCCAAGGACAGACUGAAAGGUUUUCUCUGGCUCUGCCUGGAAAAUGGCACAGUGGGUGUUUUGUUCUCCCAAGCUCUCCUACUUUAGACCUUAGUCGGUGUCUCCAUUAGAUGGUCUGUUUUUUUUUUUUUCUUUUUCGUCUCCAUGUUCCUUGAGCCAUCCAGAAGCACACAAACGGGUCGUAAAGUUGCUUAGUCCAUGGAAAACAGGAAUUCAUUAACUACAGGCCGUGUCGCACAUGUAUUAACAUUAAAGGUUAGGUUAUAACUUAAGCCACGAUUUAAAGUCUUCAUCAACCUGCUGAAUUACCCACGCUACUUGUGUAUUAGCUUCAGAAAAACACCCAUACCCCUUAACUGAGUUUAUCAGGCCAGAAGGCACGAGUCAAGAUCCAGACUAUGAGAAUUACAGGUUUUCCAAAGCGAAAAUCCAAUCGUCCCCGGCGUCCCGGAACCAAAACUCAGAGGCCUCGACUUCCGGGGAGUAGGGGACCGGAGUGUGUUAGGACGACUCGAUUACUUCGGACUUGCGGAGGCCUACCGGGCGAGGACUCCGCGUCCAAAGCCAGUGCUCAGUCUACAACUUCACUUGGGAGGCGGGCGAGGCCGCUGGACUCCAGGGAUCGCUCUGGGGCCGCUCCAAAGGAGCGAAGCCGGCCGCAGCUUCUGCCAUGGUUGGGCCCGCCGUGCUGCGCGCUCUGCGCAAGAACAAGACCCUGUGCUACGGAGUCCCCAUGUUGUUGCUGGUUGUUGGAGGUUCCUUUGGGCUGCGUGAAUUUUCACAGAUUCGAUAUGAUGCUGUGAAGAUUAAGGUUGAUCCUGAAUUGGAAAAAAAGUUGAAAGGGAAUAAAAUAACUUUAGAGUCAGAAUAUGAGAAAAUAAAGGACUCCACUUUUGAAGACUGGAAGAAUAUUCGAGGCCCGAGGCCCUGGGAAGAUCCGGAACUCCUCCAAGGACAAAACCCAGAAACUCUUAAGCCUAAGGCAGCCUGACUGUGCUCAGCUUUCAAUAAAAUGUCCUCACCUGGCCCUGUACUCCACUAGGAAGAAGAUCCCAGACCUGUACAGACUUGGAUGUGAGUAAUGUAAUGGCAGAACGUUUCGAUUAAAAAGUCAAAUGUGAGUCUUUAUGCUUCCCAGUCAGUCUGAUUGCAGACAAAAGGUGCAGUGUUGAACACAUGCGCACAUGCACACGCGCACACACACACACACACACACAUGCACACGCACACGCACAUGCACACACACACCCUAGUAAGAAUGUGACCACUGCUACCAUAACGAGCCACACGUCCUCCCUCACUACCAGCCACUAGUACAUUUUGCUACCUCAUUUUGGAUUCUGAUGAAAAUCGUAGGCUGGGAUCCAAAUUUUCCCAAUAAAAUUGUGACUUUAUGUUAAACUGAUAAGUGGUCAUAAUCUAGUAAUGGUCUAUCUUUUAUUCCUAACACUUCAUUAAGCAGCCUCUGAAACUAUUGAGCCGAUUAAGGAAAUUGUAAUAUUUACCGAACCCAUGUGCAUGUGCAGUGCAUGCCCGUAGGAAGAUACGCCACGUUCGUGGAGGUUAUCAGAGGUUAUCAGAUGCCUGCGGCUUGGGCUGGAAGUCGGUUCUAGUUUGCCUGUGAGAUACGCUGUGGUCCGAUUCCUCAGCGAAGUGGGAGGGAAGGCAGGGUUUGUUCUUAAACCAACAGUUCAUUUCCCCUUUCACCUCCGCUUAGGCAGCCCCAGCCCUCCACCCCGUGUGGUUUUAAUGCUGAACUCUAAAUACCUCAAGUUUCAGCUGUGAUAGCCCCACUAUGACUGCUCCUCAAAAUAAUAAAACAUCCUACUUUUCCCUCUCCCAGGCUUCUAGUUUGUUUCAACAGGUUAGUCUUGGUAUGAUAUUUAGAAUGAUAUUUAGUGGAUCAUGACAAACUGAUUUCAAAGUUACUGUCUUAGUUACUUUUCUUCUUUUUUAUAUAAUUUAUUUCAUAAAAGAAAAUAAACUAUCUUUUUUACCAAUCCCAGUUUCCACUCCUUCCCUUCCUCCCGUGGAGAAACAUGACUUACUGGCUUGCCCCCAUCGCUGACCCAGCUUCAUUUCUUAUAAACCCCAGGGUCGCUCUGCCAUCAAGCACAACGGGCUGGGUUCUCCCACAUCAAUCGUCACUCAAGUAAAUGACUUGCGGACUUGUCUCCAGGCUAAUUAUUACAGAGGCGUUUUCUCAACUCUGAUUCCUUAUUCCCAGAUGACCCGAUCUUGUGUAGAGUUGACAUGAAAACUGACCAUAAUAUCCGCCCCUUGUCAACUUGACACACGAAUACAGCACUUACUAAGCCAUAGCCUGUCUUGCUCUUCCAUGGUGUCAUGCUGAUAUUAAUAUGACAAUGUAAAGACCCCAGUCUUUAAAGUUCAGUCUUUAAAAUAUCGACUCUUUCAAAGUUCAAAGCCUCUUUAGAAUCCAAAGUGUCUCUAGAAUAUCCAAAGUGUCUCUAACCAUGGGCUCCUGGAAGAUGAAACAAGAACAAAACUAAAGAAAACAGCUAAAUCCUUUCUUCCUCCAAGAGGGAAGAGCCAGGGCAUGCGCAGUCACAAUCAAAUAAAAUCAUCCCAAAAUUAACCAGUAUCAAGAGUUUGAUGCUUGGCGUCUGGGAUCCAUUCACAGCCAUCCAGACAGUAAGGGUCACCUGCCACAAUCCCCCCAAAACUGUGUGCUACUGGUCUCUUGUGCCAAUGCAUUCAAGGCUACUUCCCACUUUCCCUUCUAUCAGGUUCAAUGUAACUGGUUUCACACUGAGUUCCUCGAUUCACUUGGACUUGAGUUUUGUGCAUCUAUUUGCAAUCUUCUACAUGGUGGUAUCCAGUUAUGCCAGCACCAUUUGUUGAAGAUUCUUUUCCUUUUCCAUGGUACCAUUUUUGCUUCUUUGUCAAAAAUCAGGUGUUCAUAGGUAUGUGGAUUAAUGUCAGGGCCUUCUGUUUGGUUCCAGAUGUCUAUUUUUAUGCCAAUACCAAGCUGUUUUUUAUUAUUAUAGCUCUAUAGUAGAGUUUGAAGUCAGGAUGAUCCCACCAAAUGUUCCUUUAUUGUACAGGGUUGUUUUAGAUAUUCUGAGUUUUUUGUUUCUCCAUAUGAAAUUGAGUAUUGUUCUUUCAAGGUCUGUGAAAAAUUGUGUACAACAAUGAUUUCUAAGAUAUACAUGUGUGUGUGUGUGGGGGGGGGGGCUGGAGAGAUGGCUCAACGGUUAAGAGCGUUGGCUGCUCUUCCAGAGGUCUGGAAUUCAAUUCCCAGCAACCACAUGGUGGCUCACAGCCAUCUGUAAUGAGAUCAGGCACCCUCUUCUGACAUGCAGGCAAACAUGCAGACAGAACACUCUAUACCAAAUAAAUACAUUUUUUUAAAGAUA